AUGCAGUCGAUAAACGGAUUUUUUACGAAUGCACAACAACAAAUAACUUCGCUUUAUGGUUUUCAAGAUGCUCUACUUUAUCAACCAAAUGAGCCAGAUACAGCACGAACAAUCGUUCAAACUCCUGAUAUAUUUCAUAUGCCGUAUGAAACAAUUAUAAUUGAAACUCCUGAUAACGAAAAAUUACACGGAUUUUUAAUUAAACAAGUCAAUCGAACAAAUGAACGCGAAACAUUAGUUUUUUUUCAUGGAAAUGCAGGAAAUAUUGGUCAUCGUUUACAAAACGCUAAUUUGUUAUAUCGUACAUGUAAUAUAAAUAUUCUUCUCUUUGACUAUCGUGGAUAUGGAAAAUCAACGGGUGCGCCGUCUGAAACAGGUCUUUAUACGGAUGCGCUAGCUGUAUAUAAUUAUGUUCGUAAACGAAAUGAUCUUGAUCAGAGCAAAAUAUUUUUAUUUGGUCGUUCACUUGGUGGUGCUGUUGCAUUAAAUCUCGCUUCUCAACUUGCUCAGACGAAUCCAACGCCGCCAUUAUAUGCUGUUAUUGUUGAAAAUACUUUUACAUCGAUACCUGACAUGGCUAAAAGACUAUUUCAAGUCUCUGUACUUGAUUAUGUACCUAAUUGGUGCUAUAAAAAUGUGUACCCAUCGCUUUCAAAAAUGCGUAAUAUCAAAGUGCCAAUACUUUUUCUUUCUGGUGGACAAGAUGAAUUAGUUCCUGCGCAAAUGAUGGAAAAGCUUCACGAGGAGUGUAAAAGUUCAAAAAAGCAGUUGACUGUAUUUCCUGAUGGUCAACAUAAUACUACAUGGCUUUCACAUGAUUAUACAAGUCGAAUACGUAAAUUUCUCGCAGAAUGUUCCACCUCUAUUCCCACCGAAUCGUCAACACCAACUGGCUCGAUUUAA